AUGGGCCUGAAAACUAAGAUUGUGGGCCUACAAGCUGAGAGUGCGGACUUGAAAGAAAAGAGUGUAAACCUCAAAGCUAAGAGUGCGGACCUGAAAGCCGAGAGUGCGAGCCUUAAAGCUGAGAGUGUGGGCUUGAAAGAAAAUGUGUUUCAUAUGGCAAGUGAGGAGCCAAGCAACCUAAUCACUACUACUGAAGAGGAUAGGAAGCGUCCUAACUCAACAGAAAAGGAAGACAUGAAGGAAAAAAAUAAGGCCUUGAAACAAGAGAAUCAGACCUUGAAAGGAAAGAAUGCAGACUUGGAAGCUGAGAUUACGGGCCUGAAAGUUGAGAUUACGGGCCUACAAGUUGAAAGUGCGGGCUUGAAAGCAAAGAGUGUAAACCUCAAAGCUGAGAGUGUGGACCUGAAAGCCGAGAGUGCGAGCCUCAAAGCUGAGAGUGAGGGCUUAAAAGAAAAUGUGUUUCAUAUGGAAAAUGAGGAGCCAAGCGACCCAAUCACUACUACUGAGGAGGAUAGGAAGCGUCCUAACAGAGUGGCGAGUCAAAAUUCACAGAAACGGAGAAAAUUUCAUAUGGCAAGUGAGGAGCCAAGCGACCCAAUCACUACUACUGAGGAGGAUAAGAAGCGUCCUAACAUAAUGACGAGUCAAAAUUCACAGAAACGGAGAAAAUUUCAUAUGGCAAAUGAGGAGCCAAGCGACCCAAUCACUACUACUAAGGAGGAUAGGAAGCGUCCUAACAAAGUGACAGAAAAGGAAAACAUGAAGGAAGAAAAUAAGGCCUUGAAACAAGAGAAUCAGACCUUGAAAGGAAAGAAUGCAGACUUGGAAGCUGAGAUUAUGGGCUUGAAAUUUCAUAUGGCAAGUGAGGAGCCAAGCGAUCCAAUCACUACUACUGAGGAGGAUAGGAAGCGUCCUAACAUAGUGACAGAAAAGGAAGACAUGAAGGAAGAAAAUAAGGCCUUGAAACAAGAGAAUCAGACCUUAAAAGGAAAGAAUGCAGACUUGGAAGCUGAGAUUAUGGGCUUGAAAGUUAAGAUUACGGGCCUACAAGAUAGAGCGCGGACUUGA